AUGAGGUCCUCCAAGACACCCGGCUCCUUCCUGCUGGUCUUCGCGCUGCUCUGCACCCUGCUGGGUCUGGGAUGCCCCCUGAGCUGUGAGAUGUGCCGGGGCUCGGGGCCCACGUGCAGCGGAAAAGUGAAGACGUGUGAAGAGGGCAAGGACGCCUGCGUGACCGUCGUGGGGGAGUCGAGCACGAAGGGCCAUCAUUCCGUGAACACCUACAAGGGCUGCAUGAAGUACAGCGACUGCUACUCGGGCUUCGUCUCCACCACCAUGGGCCCCAAGGACUACAUGGUCUCCAACACGCAGUGCUGCCAGGCCGACGGCUGCAACCAGGGUUCCGUGCCCCCUCCCCAGAAUAAUCGGACUCAGAAUGGUCUCCAGUGUCCUGCUUGCAUCCAGCCCUUCCAUGAGACUUGCCCAGGGACCCAGGCGGCCAGCUGCGUGGGCCAGGAAAAUCACUGUGUUUACUUCGCUGGCAACGUGCAGGCUGGUAUCAUCAGAACCAAAUUUGCCACGCGGGGCUGUGCCACGGAGAGCGCCUGCAACUCCAAGCCCGGGGCACAAGUGCCCUCUGCCUCCUACCUCUACUUCCUGCGCCGUGCAGACUGCAUGAAAGCCACCCCAGUCCCCCAGCAGGGCUGAGUGAAGAACCGGCAUUAUAGAUGGA